AUGAUUGACGGAUUUCUAGAUGAUUUGCAACGCAUGAAUAAAAGACAAUUUCUUUAUCAAGUAUUGUAUUUUGGAAUGAUUAUUUCAUCUACAACAAUGAUAUGGAAAGGUUCGAAGGUUUUAACUGGUUGCGAGAGUCCAAUUGUUAUUGUUUCAAGUGGUAGUAUGGAACCAGCCUUUCAUCGUGGUGAUAUAUUAUUCCUAACAAACUAUGAAGAAGAACCAGUCAGAGUUGGUGAAAUAGUCGUAUUUAAAAUUAAAGGACGUGAUGUUCCUAUAGUGCACAGAGUUUUAAAACUACACGAGAAAAGCAAUGGCACAGUUAAAUUUUUGACCAAAGGUGACAACAAUAGUGUAGAUGAUAGAGGAUUGUAUGCUCCUGGCCAACAGUGGCUAGAAAAAUCCGAUAUUGUAGGCAGAGCUAGAGGAUUUUUACCAUAUGUUGGAAUGGUUAAAAUUUUAAUGCAUCCUAUAGUCAAAUUUGCUGUUUUAGUAUAUCUUGGACUAAAUGUACUUGUUCAUCGUGAAUAA